AUGGCUGAUCCUGCGUCGCAGCAGCAAGUUGAAGAGGCCUUUGCAGUUGGACCAAAAGUCGUGGAGGAAGAUGAUGAACUCGAGGAGGCCGUGCUUUUGAGCCUGCGCCUGGCUUGUCGCGCCAAGCUCCUUCGGAAGGAGGUAGACGCAAUUGACUUAGAUUACCUGCAGCGUUGCACGGAGAACUUCGCAGAGCAUCGACUCCUGGGGGAGGGAGGCUACGGCAAGGUCUACAAGGCAGUUGACAAAGACGAGCACCUCGAGUUUGCCGCCAAGUGCUUGGUGUGUGAGAAUGAGGAAGAGCGCCAAAUGAUGAACCGCAUGACGCAGGCAGAGAUCACCACACUCACCGCCUUCACACACCCGAACAUCAUCCGCUUGCUCGGCUACUGCAAGACCGAGGACACUGCGGUUUUGCUCUACGAGUACCAGCCGGGAGGAAGUGUGGAGACCCAUUUGGACGAAAAGGAGCGCGCAGAAGAUCUCACCUGGACAUUGCGAGCCAAUAUAGUGAAGGGCUUGGUGGAUGCCAUCCACCACUUGCACCGCCACGAUCCUGCAGGGCCAUGCUAUCAUCGCGAUGUGAAACCGGGGAACAUAGUGCUGACUGCUGACGGAGAUCCCAAGCUGAUCGACUGUGGCCUUGCGAGGCUGGCGCAGGCUGACGUGCCCGGCAGCAAGACGCGCUUCUGCCGGGAUACCGGCGGUUCACUGGGAACUCCUGGAUUCAAGUGCUCGAAGUUCGAAAGAACAGGCAAGUUCGAGGAGAAGAGUGAGGUCUACUCCAUUGGCAUCACCAUCCUUCAGAUUGUCACCGGAAUUCAGGACUUCGGAGACGAUAACUUGGACAAGCUGGUCGAGUGUCCACGCGCCUCUAGCAUCAUGGAGAUGCGAGACCAGCGGCCUCCAUUUGAGGACAAGAGCGACAACAACAUCAUCCAUGUUCUGGCCAACAUGGUUGAGCAAGGCAUCGCCACGCAUGCCUCGCGAUGCAGCUUGCAGACUCUCUGCGAGCAUGCGGCCUUGCUGAACUCGAGGCACCUGGCUUGUCGCGCCAAGCUCCUGCAGAAGGAGGUAGACGCGGUUGACUUGGAUUACCUGCAGCGUUGCACGGAGAACUUCGCAGAGCAUCGACUGCUGGGGGAGGGAGGCUACGGCAAGGUCUACAAGGCAGUUGACAAAGACGAGCACCUCGAGUUUGCUGCCAAGUGCUUGGUGUGUGAGAAUGAGGAAGAGCGCCAAAUGAUGAACCGCAUGACGCAGGCAGAGAUCACCACACUCACCGCCUUCACACACCCGAACAUCAUCCGCUUGCUCGGCUACUGCAAGACCGAGGACACUGCGGUUUUGCUCUACGAGUACCAGCCGGGAGGAAGUGUGGAGACCCAUUUGGACGAAAAGGAGCGCGCAGAAGAUCUCACCUGGACAUUGCGAGCCAAUAUAGUGAAGGGCUUGGUGGAUGCCAUCCACCACUUGCACCGCCACGAUCCUGCAGGGCCAUGCUAUCAUCGCGAUGUGAAACCGGGGAACAUAGUGCUGACUGCUGACGGAGAUCCCAAGCUGAUCGACUGUGGCCUUGCGAGGCUGGCGCAGGCUGACGUGCCCGGCAGCAAGACGCGCUUCUGCCGGGAUACCGGCGGUUCACUGGGAACUCCUGGAUUCAAGUGCUCGAAGUUCGAAAGAACAGGCAAGUUCGAGGAGAAGAGUGAGGUCUACUCCAUUGGCAUCACCAUCCUUCAGAUUGUCACCGGAAUUCAGGACUUCGGAGACGACAACUUGGAAGAGCUGGUCGUGAAUCCACGCCCCUCUAGCAUCAUUGAGAUGCGAGACCAGCGACCUCCAUUUGAGGACGAGAGCGACAACAACAUCAUCCAUGUUCUGGCCAACAUGGUUGAGCAAGGCAUCGCCACUCAUGCCUUGCGAUGCAGCUUGCAGAUUUUUUGCGAGCAUGCGGCCUUGCUGAGCUCGAGAUCAUCUACAAUGACAUCGAAACUUGAGCCGGUGCUUGAGCCGGUGUGA